CACCUUCCAACUAUUUGGGGCCCAGCUACUUUUGAUUUGGAACAGCUUUGACCCACAACCGCACCCCCUUUUCCUUUUUUUUUUCUAUAUUUUCUUCGGUUAAUUUGGUGAGGUCAAAACUAUGGAGCCCUCAUCUUCCGGAUUCAACUAUGCUGACUACCCCGUGAUUGUGGGCAUUGACUUUGGUACCACCUUUUCGGGCUGUUGCUACGCAUUCGCGCAAAACGAAGAAGUGAUCGACAUUGUCAAGUGGCCAAAGCAAAACAACCAUGUGUACCCAAAGACACCUACAUUGUCGCUGUAUCGAAAAGGAUCAACACAACUUGUGGAUUGGGGACAUGGUGCACGACGACAGGCCAUGAAGCCCAACAGUGUCGACUUUUUGCUUCUGUCCAAGUUCAAACUCUAUCUCGACGAACACUUGCAGCAGGAAGCGCUUCCCAACAACCUCCAGGUGAUUGAUGUUAUCGCAGACUAUAUGGGCGCCUUCCACCAACAUGUGUGCACCGAGUUGUUGAAAGGUUUCGCGGGUAAUUAUGAUCAAAGCAAAUUCCGUUACUGUUUGACAGUUCCCGCCAUGUGGAGUGACCACGCCAAGGCGGCUAUGCGUGAAGCAGCUAUUCGUGCAGGCCUUGUACAACGUGGAGACCACCCUGAGCGGCUUAUGCUCAUUUCCGAACCUGAAGCUGCGGCACUUUACUGUGAGAAAAAAUCAGAACAGUUCAAUUUGGUCCACGGUCAACGCUUUAUGAUUUGUGAUGCUGGUGGCGGUACGGUCGAUUUGAUUGUAUUUGAGAUUGACCAGCAAAUGGGUGGAAGACGAACUUUGAAGGAAGUGACAAAUGGUCAUGGUGGUUCGUGUGGUUCAGGAUUUUUGGAUCUGCGUAUGCGAGAAUACAUUAAGCACAAGUUCUACCACUUUGGCAGCAUCAAUGACUCGGCUAUGGAGCACAUCAUGGACACAUUUGUUAACAUCAUCAAGCCCGAAUUUGACGGUUACGAAGAUCAUUUCCUUGACCUUCCAGCAUCAAUGGGUCUAGGCGACCUGACCGACGAGAGCAUCGGUCUCGAGAACGGUUCGUUGUGCCUCCCAGCAAAUGAACUGAGAGAUCAGGUCUUUGAGCCCGUUAUUGACCAGGUUCUACAGCUGAUUGAGGGUCAAUUGGUGCAAUCGCCCAAUAACUUGGAGGCUAUCUUCCUUGUCGGAGGUUUCGGCCAGUCGAAUUACCUGUUCCGUCGAGUGGAAGAAGCGUUUGCCAACCGAGUUGGUAUGAUCGGUGUCCCUCCAAGAGGUGAAUUGGCUGUCGUCCGUGGCGCGGUUUACUUUGGUUUGAAUCCCCAAAUUGUCACUGAGCGCGUGUCUCGUCGUACCUAUGGUGUUGAGACUCGUAUGCUGUUCAACAAGGACCUCGAUCCGCCGGAAUACUCGGUUGUCGGCGUAGAUCAAAAGACCUAUUGUCGUCAACGCUUCAGCGUCUAUGUGCAAAAGGGACAGAGUGUACGAGUGGAUGAGUGUGUGUCCAAGAACUUUGUCAUCAGCUAUCCUAAUGAUACAGACUCAGAUUUGUUUGCCUUUGAUGGCGAAGGACCACCCCCUCGUUUAACAACGCACCAACUUAUCAAGAAGGUUGGCCAUUUCCCUAUUCGCAUGCCUACGCUUGAAGGAGUGCGACCUGGUGAUAAGGUCAACAUGACGAUUCGAAUGUAUUUCGGCCUGACAGAAAUAAAGAUUGAGUGUGUGAUCCGCGAUAAAACGUUCGUAUUCACGUCGUCGUUCGAUGCAUCGGAUGCGUACGGCAGCGUCCAACCACAGAACGAAUCGGACUAUCCCGGCUCGCAGCAAAUGAUGCCCCCACCGACGGCGGGCUUGGCACCUCCUAAUCCUUACGGUCUGAGCGAUCCUAGCGGCAGUCAGGUGUCACUCCACGGCCACCAGUCGUCAUACACAUAUGGCACGAGCAUGAGCACGCCAACAAUGGUACCUGCUCAGCAGGCUGCGGGAUACCCUCAGGCUGGAGGCUACCCACCUACUUCGUCUGUGUAUGGCGGCGGGUAUCCGCCAGUGCAAGGCGACUAUUACCAGCAGCAGCAGCAGCAGCAACAACAACAGCAGCAGCAAUACUCGCAAGGCUAUCCUCCAUCCCAGUCGUACUACUCUGGUUAUCCUCCAGCUUCACAAGGCUACCCUCCGCAAUCGGGUUCUUCUUACUACGGACAGCAUUAAAGUAGAACAAGUAGUAGAAAACGCACCCAAACACUCAAACGCAAACACACGCACAUAUCGAAUAUAUACACAUCUCCGCUAUCACAUCCAAACUGAACGACAACAAGAACCAACAACAGCCCUUUCUGUCCUCUCUCGCUUCUCCCAAAUACACACUACCCCCUUUUCCUUCUUAAACCCUUUUAUCACUCAACUACCUGCUCUCUCUCUCUCUCUCUCUU